UGUAAAUCAAAAUGGAGAAGCAGGUGCACGUAUUCUUCAUUAAACUUUAAAAUAUAAUGAAGAACGGUUUAGAUUGCGAUUUAAAUGACAAUUUGUUUUGAUGGCAACUACUCAAAAUAAUGGGGAACAAAUAAGAUUAAUAGAAUGCCCAAUAUGUGAUCAUAAAGCGAAGCAGCAAGUAAACUCUCCUCCAAGAACAAUCUGUCCAAAAUGUGGAAAUUUCUACGUGGACUCUGGGGAAGGACCACCUCAACCCAGGAGGCUAGUAAGAGAAAGACAAGAAAGAAAAAAUAUUCCUGAAAAUGAGGAGAGAAACAAACAGGGAGGAAGACUUCAGACAAUUUCAAAUUUCUUUCAAAACUUAGGAUCUAAUAAGAAAGGAAAAAAUAAAACUGAUAAACCAUACAACUCUGCUCGAUCUCAACCUAGUUCAUCUAUGUCUGAAGAUAGCAGUUCAGAGUUACCUCCUAUAACAAAUGGACAGAUGAUUAACCAGAAAAGAUCCCCAAACUUUCAACUUUCUUUGACAUCGAAAAGCAGAGAAUCGUUAAGUCCAAGGUCAUUAAGAUCAGACAAGGCAACAUUGAGUCCACAGAACAGACAUAUUUAUCCUGUCAGAACAAAAAAUAUUGACCAAUUCUUGGAUGACAUAAAAAAUGCCAAAGAAAAGGACAACUGGAAGAUUGUUCAAGAUUUUUAUUCCACAACGUUUGAUUCAUUCAUGGAGAUUAAUGCAGUUUUCAAGAGAGAUCCAGGAAAAGAGUACAAAUCAACAGAAGACCCUGGACUAAAAAUGGAUUUUGUACAAAUUGUAUUUGACAAUCUGCUAGAUACACCUCAGGAAAUACAGAAAGCAACAUUGAAAGCUACCAUCAAUAGUUUGUUAAAGGAUAAAAGGAAUCAAGAAUCUGGGAAUGGAAUGAUCAGGCCUCACACAAAAGAUGAUUUACGAGCUUACUUAGUAUUGAUGCAGAAUCCUCAGUUUGAGAGUGCCUCUACAUAUGUAAUAUUUGCUCACAUGUUACGACAGAUUGCAGCCUUGAACGAUCAUGACCACCAUUUCCUUGUUCAUUGGAUCAGACGGCUAAAAUCUGUUCCAGUCAGGAAGCUUAUAAAACGUCUCCAUAGUUUCAUAUCAAUCCGUCUGUUCCCUCCUCGUCCUCAAGAUUUACCUCCUAUGCAAAAGUGUUCAUGGUGGGUCCCUAGUGCCACCAAAGUCAUGGCAUUAAUAAAUGCUGCAAAUAAUUUAUCUAGUCCUCUUUUGGUGCCAUUCUAUGAGUUUUACAAUCCAACCCUGGAUCACUUAGAUCUGAUGGCUGAGUAUUAUACAUGGCAAAAUCCUAGCUCUUGUGCUGGAUUUUCCUUCUGUCAAUAUCCAUUCAUUUUAAGUAUAACAGCAAAGAGAACAAUUUUACAACGAGAUUCAGAACAACAAAUGAUUAUAAUGGCCAGGAGAAGUUUAGUGGCCAAGGUGCAAAGACGGCAACUACCAGAUGUAGGGAUGUUGUUUCUGAACCUAAACAUUAGAAGAGCCUAUCUGGUCUCUGACUCUUUAAAUGAGAUUGCAGAGAAACAGCAUGAUUUAAAGAAGAAACUGAAAGUUACGUUUGUUGGUGAACCAGGUCUUGAUAUGGGAGGACUGACAAAAGAAUGGUUCCUUCUCCUACUACGACAAAUAUUUCAUUCUGAUUAUGGUAUGUUUACAUAUGACAAGAAAGCUGGUGUACAUUGGUUUAGUUCUGCUCAGUGUGAAACUUACCAAGAAUUUAACCUUGUAGGAGUUUUAAUGGGUUUAGCAGUAUACAAUAGUAUAAUACUGGACAUAAGAUUUCCUGCCUGUUGUUACAAGAAGUUACUGAGCCCUGCUGUAGUACCAUAUAAUAACCCCAGAGCUGUUGUUGGAGUCACACCAUUAACUGUAAAUGAUCUCAAAACCGUUCAACCGGAAGUAGCCAGUGGUUUGAAGGAUUUGUUGUUAUAUGAUGGUGACGUAGAAGAUGAUUUUGGUUUAACCUUUCAGGUAUCUCAGUCUGAAUUUGGAUCUGUUAAAACUGUAGAAUUAAAGCCAGGUGGUGCUGAUAUAUCUGUCACUAAAGCCAAUAGGGAAGAGUAUGUACAGUUGUAUGUUGAUUGGGUUCUAAAUAGAUCAAUUUACCCACAAUUCCAAGCAUUUUACCAUGGUUUUCACAGUGUAUGUGCAUCGAACGCAUUGAUUAUGUUGCGACCACAGGAAGUAGAAAUGUUAGUUUGUGGUAAUCCUAACCUAGAUAUGAAGGAACUGAAGAAGGUAACAGUGUAUGAUGGAUACAGUAGUAAUGAUCCUGCUAUCAAGAAUUUCUGGGACAUAUUAUUCAGUUUUCCAUUAGACUUGCAGAAGAAGUUUUUAUUGUUUACCACUGGCAGUGAUAGAAUACCAAUUGGCGGUAUGAGUGAAAUGCAGUUUAAAAUAUCCAGAGUUAGUGGAAGUGAUCUAUUACCCAUGGCACAUACUUGUUUUAACCAACUAGUCCUACCAGGCUACAAAUCUAAAAAAUCACUGAGACAGAAGUUGUUGACUGCUAUUGAGAAUGCUGAAGGAUUUGGACUGGAGUAAUCUGGGAAAAGUGAAUUGUUUUGGCUGGAGUAAUCUGAAGUCAUCUUGCUGGUCAAGUUGACAUUGUUAUGUUUAUAUUUGAUAUUUGUUUUGAAUGAAGAAGAAUCUAUGACAGUAUUAAUUGUAACAUUACCUUAGACCAAGAAAUAGUCUUGGAAAAGUUCUGGGGGCAUAAAUUGCUACCCAUGUCUGUCAUUUCUUCCCUUAUUCAGUCUGUCAUUCCUUCUUCCUUUACCAAUUUAUCAGUAGUACAGAUUUGUUUUUUUUUUAUGCCUGAAGAUAUUGUGCUGACUUUUGGUUUAAAGGUGUAUAGUAAUGAAUUACAAAUUAAGGUCACAUUUCAUUUGAGGUGAAACAUCUUUUUGUGACAUUACAACCCUUGGACUUGUUUGCCACAGGAAUGGUAUUCAUUUUAUGAAGACACUUCUAGCUUUGGCAACUCAUUGCAAAAAUUGAACUGUCACAAGAAUUAGUAAGUUAAGGUUAUUUUAUGGGGGAAAUGUGGAAAUUCAUACAAAAUGAGAUUCCUAUGCUGUUCUCUUAAAGUUUAAUACUGUAUAUCGGGAAAUUUUGUAUAAUUUUUGGCCAUGUUCGUAGUAGAUAUUUUGUCACAUUUAUCCUAUGCUGACAUUUCACUGCUUAUUUAAAUGAAUUGUAGAAGGCUGUGAAAUGGGAGCAUUGAACAUGGCAAAGAUUUAACUGUCUCUUUUAGGGCUCAAACCACUAACAAAACCUUACAUGAAAAUAACCCGAUAUACGGUAUUAAGAAUUAUCGAUUUUCUGUGGACUUCAACCUGUAUUAUUUUAAAUUGAAAAUUGAGGUAUGCUGAUGCUCUACACAAAAUGUAUAUUUUGGGUCAAAUAAGUGAAAGUCCACAUGAGAAUAUCAUACAUGGUUAGACCGUGUACACUUGUAAGGUAGGAAUCAUUUAUAAAGGACAGGGUGCAAUGAGGACCAUAAUUUGCCCAAUUUUUCACUGACAGUUGAACUUUUUAGAAGUUGAUAUGAUGGAAAGUUAAAAACUGGUUACUUAAGAUCUGUGACAUCACAAUAAAUGUAGUCAUGAUGUCGUAGAAAAAGUCACAAGUAUUUUAUGUUAAAAUACAUAUGUUUUGGUGGACUUUCAAAUUGUGUUUGGAUGUGUAAGUAUGAAAAGCAUGUGAGCCACCAACUUAAAAAUGUAUUGCAUGUUAGUCUAUAUAAUUAACACUUCUCUUAUUAAUUGUUUUUUGUCUUUCCUUGAUGAAGUUAAAAAAGAGAGACAAAUAUAUGCUGUGUCUGGAGGCGACAAUAAUGUAUUAGUUUGUGAUUAAUUCAGUUUACGAGAGAAUUAUUUUAUAGAAAUCAUUUGGCCAUGCCCCCUUAGUCAUGUAUUGAAUUAUGCAUAUUUUACAUGUUAAAGAGUGUGAUUAGGUCAUUUUACGAUGAACUUCUAAUGGGCAGUCAAUGAUAUUUGGUAGGCAGUUGUAUUAGCAUUUGCACAUCUCAUUUCUAUUGAGAUUAUUUGACCCAGCCCCUUACAUGGUUCAUUGACUUUGAAACUUUUGCAUAGUUUACAACUUAUGAUAAGUCAAUGGUAUUUAGUAUGCAGUUGUAUUAGCAUUGGCAUUACUCAUUUCCACAGAGGUUAUUAGGCCAUGUACUUUCAGUCAUGGUUUAUUGGCUUUGAAUGUUUUGCAUAGUUUACAUGUUGAAGUAUUGCUGUUUUAAUUUCAACAUAUGCAUUAUACUAUCAAAAAUAAUUAAAGGCUAGACAUAUAAAUAGUUAAUUGCAUGUGCUCAAUAUUUUCUACUCACAAAUAUGUGUCAAAACUAUGCAAUUUUGCAAUAUUUUUUAAAGAAAAUUUGAUAAUUAAUACUUAAAAUCUUGAAGAAUUUUGUGAAUAUUUGAAAGACUUACAGUUCAAACAAGGACAUCUUAUUAAUUUAUUUAUACUCAAAAAUAACAAGUGUUUGUUAUUCUUUGAUUUUAAGACAAAAAGGGCUAAAAUACACCUCUUUAGUUUUUGUUUAUCCAAUUUAAGGUAUUUAUGUACAAGGGACCAGUUCAGAAAUUCAGUUUUCAUCCUCAUAAAUCACAUUGGGCAGUAUUGUGUCCGCUUAUAUGACAAUUUUACAAAAUGUCCAAACAACAGAUAUUCUCACAAUGCAAAAUUAUUUCUGAAUUGGUUAAUACUCUUAUUGUUAACUGUUAAAGUAUUGUAAAAAGUACACAAAACUCAAUUUUUUUUCUUUAUAUAUAAUAAAACAUGCAUGAGGAAAGAUGGUAUAUGCCAGUUUAUAUAAAUAGAUCACUGAAAAAACAGUGAUUUAUUACCAAUACAGACUUAAAAAUUGAUGAAAUGUAUGACCAUUUAUCUAUGAAUGUGAUCUUUAAAUCAUUAACCUUAUCACAUGUGAUCAUCUACAUCCAGUACAGCUGGUAACGGCUCUUUUGAGGAAUAUAUGAUAAAAAAAAAAAAUUUUAUAUGAGAUUUUCAUCAGAAACCAUAUUAACUCUGACAACAAAGACAAAUUUUUGUAGGAGUUUAAUAUCAGAAUGAUUGCAGACAUGUUUUAAUGAUAUUUUGUUGAAUCAUUGUUAAACAGGGUAAAUUAUUGAUAUAAAUACUGUUAAAUAAGUAUUGCCAUGGUCUAUUUUUUUAAAACUAUAUCACCCCUUGAUAAAAAAAGCUAUUUUUUUGCAUUUAUAAAUAUUUCUACCUUACAAUUUGACAGUGUUAUUAUUAAAGAUGUAUUUUGGAGGUAUGGUUCCACAAAAGUAUAAGGCAGUACAUGUAAAAUUUCUGAUAAUUACAUAUGAAAAAAAUCAUAUAUUGGAGAGAAAGGAGACAUAGAAUUUGGAAUAAAUAAAAGUAUGGACCCACACCUGACUCUAAUGUGGAACUGUACUUAGAAUUGUUUAUCCGUCCAUAUGAAUAGUCUGUGAUAUGUUUCCACAUAUUUAUGUAUAUGUUGAAUUUGUAUAACCUAGUGAUAUCUUAUGUUUCUUAAUUAUUUUUUUCCCCAUUCACAGCAUUGAUCAGAUAUGUUAUAAUUUUUAAAAGUAUAUGAUUGUUUUUUUAUUACAAAACUUCUAAUCAAUAAAUUAUCAAGAGAAUAUGUUGAAUGUAAGCUUUAACUAUAAUUGAUGUGCAUAUAUGGGCAUUUUACUUUGGUAUAGUAAUAAUACAGUAUUUCUGAAGAGUUCAGAAAUAAUCUGAAGUUUACCAAAGUCAUAUUACAGAUUUGCAUUUACAUCUUGGUCUAUUUACAGGAAUGAUAUUAUGUCUGAUUUGAAAUAGAUGGUCCUAAAACUUGUCUUGUUUUACUUUAACUGAACACCUAUAAUUCUCUUCAUUGUAAUCCAAUGAACAUAUAAAGAACAAGGAACUUUAUAUUAAAUGGUCAAAUAUAGAAAGUAUAAGUCAGUUUAAGGCAGUGCAGUGUGUAAUGCUAAAAUACAAAUUUAUUACUUUAAAUGUUAUAAGAAUAUCUUGAAUUUUGUUCUUGAUAAUCUGAAAUGCUGUGGAUUUAAAUAAUUUGUAAUGAAAAAUAUAUAACAGCAAGCCAUAUGAUAAACAAACAUAUCAUCAUUUGAUGUGGUCUUAUUGUUGCAUUUUGUUCACUGACAUAAUCUUUGGGGAAUAUUUUUAUGUAACUUUGGAUUUUAGAGAAAUGCUUUAUGUUACAUUAUCUUUUUUCGCCUUCUUAUGAUAUCUUCUUGAGUCUAGGGCUCCAUUACAAAAAUGACUUUCAUCCUUCACAUUCCAAGUUAUGCUUGUAUGUUGAGAGUCCAUUCUUUUUAUGAUUAUUUAUUAAUGAUUAUAUACUUAAUAUCUCAACUUUAUAUGAGGCAGCUUCUAAGUGAAUCUACUAAAUUCUUUAACUGAUCGUGUUUCAAAUAUAUUAUAUUGUUUUGAUGUCGAUAGCAUUGCACCUCAUAGGUUUUUUCAGAUAAACAAUUUAAUAUCUAAUGCAUAUUGAAUUAAAAAAAUCUACAUAUUCAUCAAUAAUUAAUAGCAAUAUGAAUGAUAUAGUUUGUGUAUGGUAAUAUCUAUAUGAAUGAAAUACUUCUGUUGUGAUGACAACUUUCAAAUCAGUGCCUUUUCCCGUAAAUUUUCCUAUGUCACUAUGUUGUCACGUCACAGAAAGAACGGAUUGUUGGAUGACAUCGUGUAUGCAGAUUGACCUCUAGUCAACCUGUAUAACUCAUUCAUAAAAAACAACUUGAGAUUGGUGUAAAAUAGGUAUAGAUUUUAAAAUUUUGAGUAAUAGUUUGACACCAAAAAAAUAAUGUUUGUAAUAUGUAUCCUCCUGACAUUUUCCUAAGCAAUGUUUAAAAACUUUGCCCAUCAUCACAUGAUUUUUCAAUAAUUAAUUUGAAAUUAAGACCUGUAUUGCACUUUUCAAAUUGUUACUAUUUCAAUCUUAUUUUUUGUAUAAACAUGAUAAAAAUUGCAUUUAUUUUCCCAUUCAUUUUUUAUUUAAAUCCAGAGAUAGAUUUAUACCUCUAAAAUUCCAACUCUUUAUGUAUUAUAAUGUCUGAAAAACAAGUAAACAGACCUAUUUAGAUUUAUCUUGAUUUUUUCCAACAUUUGAUUAGGUCUAUAAUUAUUUUGUUUGAUCACUGAUUCAAAUUUAUUCAUUCAUAUACCAACUUGGGAAGUCUUCUCCUGUACAAAAUAUGAUAGCAAUAGUGCAUAAAGUUUUUCUGUAUAAUAUUUUGAAAAAGACCUCAUUGAUGACAAUGUUGUUAUUGAGACUUUCAGCAGCAGUAAACAUAAUGUAGUACUUACAUUGUCUAUUGAAGUACAUAGAGUCUAACCAAUGAGUUGAAUUAAAGGGGAUAUAAGUAUAUGUCAAUGUGACAGCAACCCAAUCCCUCAAUAAAAACACAAAACAUCUAGAGUUCAACAUAUAGUCUUCAACAAUAAUAUAACACUUAAAAUCUAGAGUCUAAAAUUUGUGAAAAAAUUCAACAGCUGCCAUUAACAAUAUAUUUUCCAAAAAAAAAUUGUUUUGCUAUAAAUUCAGUAAAUUUAUUUUUUGUUAUAACUUUUGAUUAUUGCUAUUGUAAACUAUAAUUGGUUAGAACAAUAGGCUCUUAAGAGUCUGUAUUUAAUGUCUGAUCACUCUCAUUUCAUCAUAACACUGUGUGCUAUAGUUGAUAGAGCAUAAGAUAUAUCUGGUUUUUUUUUAGAUAUGUGUGUAUAUGUAUUUACUAAUUAAUUGAUCUAGUCAGGACACUUGUAUAGUGCCAAUAUUUCUGUUUACUUUAAAAUUUAAUCAAAAUUUUAUGUUAGUGUGUCAAACUACACAAUGUAUAUGUAAUUAUUCUUAAAACACAAAUAGCUAUAAGAAAUCUAUGGUUUUUAGAAUAUUUUAGUAUUUUUAAAUGCUAAAGACUUUGAGCACAAAUAUUCAAUAUUGUUUCUUAUUUGAAAUUAACAUAUUGUCCAGUAAAAGCCAGUAAUAUUUAUAUUGCAUUCAAUUAAUUUUGAAACUUAAAAUAAUUUAAUAUUUGAAAACUUCCAUAUGUGAAAUUGUUAACUGGCAACAUAUUGUUGAAACCAGGUUUUCUGCAAUUAUUUCAUUUAACAGAAGAUUCAGAUGCACAGAAUUUAAAUGCUCAGUCAAAACUGCAUUAGAUUGAAUGAAAUUCAGGUAAUGGGAACUAACACAUGAUAGUACUUAAUGCCAUACAAAUUGUAAAUCUUCUGAAUAUGACAUUGAGGAAAUGUUUGCAUAAAUACAAACAAGAAGCCCUCCAUCUGGGAUAUUUGAACUACACAACCAAAUAUUAUUUCUGAGAAUGAAGUACAAACUUUAAUAGAACAAGAAUAAAGUAGUUUUUUAAAGCAUUUGAUGCUAUGUGCAAUAACUAGACCAAUAGUUCUGUUUUCUUAGAAGAUUUUGUUCUGUGAUAUAAUCUUUUUUAUUUCUUAUUUAUCAUUGUUUAUUUUUGUGCAUUGUGAUUUUCUUUCUAAUAAAAUGUUUUAUGCAAGUA